AUGACGGAAAACGUGGGCAUCAUCGUCCGCUGCGCCAUCCAGACGGGCGCCGACAUUCCGGUCGACUGCCCGACGGACUGGACGGUCAAGCAGUUGAAGGAGCAUCUGUACGCAGUUUGCACGCUCAAGCCGGCGGUCGCUACGCAGCGGCUGAUUUACGGCGGGAAAUGCCUGAAGGACGAGCAGACGAUGGAGGAGGUGCUGGCCCGAAGCCAGCAUUUCGACCAUCAGCCCGUAUUCCACCUGGUCUGCCCGAUGAACCAGCAAGCCGCACCGGAAGUUCGGCAAAGGAGCACGGCCAACCCAACCCCAUCGACGCCUUCAUCGCCUCCGACCAGCCAGCCAGCCGCCCCUCAACAAGCCUACGGCUUCACCCAACCGACAAACCCCCAGGAGUACAUGCAGGCCUGGCAGGCCUACCAGCAGAUGUGCUUCAAUAAUUACAUGCAGUACAUGUCGUCGGCCUACGGGAUGGCGAACCCGGCGAUGGUGGCCACCCCGCAAUUCACGCAGCAGAUGCCCACCUUCGCCAACGUCAACCCGCAGCCCGAGAUGAUGAUGCCGCAGAACGACGCGGCGGCCCCGGCUCAACCAUUGAUGGUUGACGAAGAGGGACAUGGCGUUGACCUGCUCGAUCUGAUGUACCGCACCUUCCGGAUCGGCCUCUUCGUGAUGGUGGUCUGGCUGUACUCGUCGAUCGAGCGCUUCCUCGUCGUGUUCUGCAUGGGACUGUUCAUCUACUUUAUGAAGCUACGUCGGGAUCGCCUUGCCGCCGCCGCGGCUGCUAGCCCGCCCCCGCCGCCCAGCAACGUCACGAAUAACAACGCCGGAGAGCCGACGGCGGAUGAGGGUCCCGAGCCUGUGCCGAUCCCCGUCGACCAGCCCACCACCGGCCAAAUCGUCCUCUCGACUGCCUACUCCUUCAUCACCGCCUUCUUCACUUCAAUCGUGCCCGACAACCCGGUGCCGGCCAACCUCAAC